AUGGGGAAUCCCUAUGUCAAAAGACAUGCUGGUAGUGCUAGUUACAUUCGGUCAUCUGAGUUUCGUCAUCCUCUGUUGAUGUCGUCCUACAAUAAGGUCGAUGCAGAUGCCAACACUUUCAAACAACCAUCAACACAUGAGGCCACAGGAUCGGACCAAAUCACAACGAUUCCACAACGAGUACCCUCCGAUACAGAUCGCGAAUCAGCUAUUGGUCUGGCUUCAGACACAGACGUCCAGCAACGUGAACACGUCCCCGAGUACGACCACCAGUACCUGUGCAUAAGAUCGUCCAAUGUGUUCGAAAGGUUUGGCAACCUUGGUGUUGCUAGCGCAAUCUACACGAACAACUAUCCAGCUGAUAUACAGACUCGCCAACUUCUCGUCCUGCAGAAGGAGGAAUGGGCCACACCCUGCUUGACCUUCUACGAUGACUCUCCCUUGGCUAGACUAUAUGACAAUUUUCGCAAGGUCUCAAUGGAACACAUUGCUGGUGGCAUGUCAGUUGCUAGCAUCCUUGGCAGGGAGGACGAAAUCAAUGUGGAACUGCUCUUUCGUGAUCGUAGUUCAGAAGACGACCUCGAUGUCAGCAACUUUGCAUGCGACGUCUGGCGGAACAUUCUGGGUCAACAAGAUGUGUAUGUUGUGCUGGCCAUGACUGCCAUGACGGCGCGUCUUGCAAGGUGGAUGCUGAUACCUAGCAUACAAACAUGGCAUCAGAUACCUGCCAUCGCACGACCUUUUCCGAGCCAGAAGCUGAUUCCCCAUAACCCUAGCAUCGACUUUUGUGCACACCCAAUAGCUCGGCAAUCCUUGAUGAACCAUUACUCCGACUGGAUAUCUGCAGGAGAGCAAGGAAAUAUAUGUGUCAGUUGGCCACAUACCUUUGACCGAGCUAUCUUCAAACAUCCCGGAACUGGCCAACGCCAUAUAUCGAAGGAAUUCGAGCGCCACAUCUCUGAUCACAGAGUGUGGAAUUGGACCAACGAUGUCCUGAAGACCAUGCCUUGUAUGGAAGACCUUGGAGCAGUGAUACGGUAA